AUGUACUAUCCUGAGUGUGGGUUAUCUUUUGAUAGGAAUAAAGAACUGAGAAAGAUAGCUGGUAGAGCAACAACGUUUUCUGCAGGAGAUCGAGCUGCAAUAAAGCUGCUACAUGGAAAUCCAAGAGAUCAUCACGAAGAGUGGCACAACCCUUGCUCUGAAAAUUGCACGCUUACUAAAUGUGCUUGCAACUCAUGUGGAAAAAUAGAAGGAGGGACAAAUUGCGGUUAUGAAGGUAUGAAUGGACAUUGAACUUGCUGUCUAAGCGAAAUUAAGGAAAGUGAGUGUAAAUCGGAUCAUACAGGCUUUUGACAUGCUCGAUGCCAAAGACCUAUGCCAAUCAAGAAGUUUAUUUAUUCAUGGCUAGCGAAAGAUAAAAUCUGCACAGAAAGCCAUUGUGGUUGUGGAAAUUGCGGAGGGGGCUGCACAUAUAAAGGAAAUUUUGGACAUUGGAGCUGCUGCAAUUUUACGCGAUAUGAGAGCAAUUAG